AUGGUGCGGAUGAGUGUCCAGCAAUUCGAAGAAUUACACGAAUUGAUCAGACACCGGUUGGAAAAGCGUAGUUGGAGACAGCCAUUGUCUACUAGACUUCGCUUAGUUAUUACUUUAAAUGUUCUUGCCCAUGGUGACAGUUUGUACACGACCAGCAACUAUUUUCGAAUAGGCUUUUCGACUGCUUAUAGCAUAAUUGCAGAAGUUUGCCCGAUUAUAUGGGAAUGUCUGCAACCUUUAUAUUUAAAGGGAAAUUUAGUUGCUGAGGAUUGGAUGGUGAAUGCCCAAGGUUUUAGGGCAAAAUGGGACAUGCCAAAUUGCAUUGGGGCUAUGGACGGCAAGGAAAUUGAAAUUAAGGCACCACCGAAUUCUGGCAGCCUUUAUUUUAACUAUAAAAAGUUUCAUAGUUUUAAACUAAUGGCCAUGUGCAACGCUUUUUGUCGUUUUUCAUGGGUAGAUAUUGGAGAUUAUGGUAGUGUCAGUAAUGUUUCAGCCUUCCAGCAUACCGAGUUUUAUCGGAGAUUAGAAAGAAAUUUGACCAAUUUGCCAAAUCCGACCUACUUACCACACUCGAAUGAUAUUUCUACUUAUUUCAUAAUUGGGGAUGGAAUUUUUUCCUUAAGGCCAUAUAUAAUGGUACCAUACAGGCGAAAUCGACCUCUCACACGCUUGCAGGAAUUGUUCAAUUAUCGAUUGUCUCAUGCACGACAAAUAAUAGAGUGCGCAUUUGGCAUUCUGACAUCUCGAUGGAAGAUUUUGCAAUCGAAGAUGUGUUUCAAAUUAGAAACAUCGAUUGCCAUAGUUCAGGCAUUAGUGUGCUUGCACAAUUUUAUAAUAACAAGGGAACUAGCCGCUGAUGAAGAAUUUCGUCUCUAUUUUCUAGAAAGACAGAUGAAUCACUUCAGUCGGCAAAAUAGAGCAUCAGAAAAUGAAGGAUAUAUCAUCGAUAACGAAAUUCCUUUAAAUGACCGCGAGAAUGUUAUGGGUAACGAUGACAUCGACGAAAAUGCACUGCGAAAUUUAUUAACAAAUUAUUUUGUUCAUCAUUAA